UUCGGAGCAGCCCGCCGUGCGCUCUUGGGCAUCUGGCUCGCUGCGCCCUGGGCGCCCGUUUCCCUCGCCUCUCGGCCAGCAACAGCAGCAGCAGCACCGCCGCCCCCUCCUCCUUCCUCCCCUAACGCCCGCUGUUGUGAUGCGUAUUCCCGUAGACCCCAGCACCAGCAGGCGCUUCACACCUCCCUCCACGGCCUUCCCCUGCGGCAAGAUGGGAGAGAACAGCGGUGCCCUAAGCGCGCCGGUCCCGGGACCUCGCAGCCGGACCGAGGCGCGCUCGGUGGUGGACGUCCUGGCCGAUCACCCGGGAGAGCUGGUGAGGACCGACAGCCCCAACUUCUUGUGCUCGGUGCUGCCUUCCCACUGGAGAUGCAACAAGACCCUCCCCGUGGCCUUCAAGGUGGUAUCCCUUGGGGACGUCCCCGAUGGGACAGUGGUAACGGUCAUGGCUGGCAAUGAUGAGAACUAUUCGGCGGAGCUUCGGAAUGCUUCGGCUGUAAUGAAGAAUCAGGUGGCCAGGUUCAAUGACCUUCGCUUUGUCGGACGGAGUGGCCGAGGAAAAAGCUUUACGCUGACCAUCACAGUCUUCACCAACCCUACUCAGGUCGCUACAUAUCACCGGGCCAUUAAAGUGACCGUCGAUGGGCCCCGGGAACCAAGAAGGCACAGGCAGAAGUUGGAAGAACAAACAAAAUUCCAAGAUCGUUACGGAGACCUGGAAAGGCUUCGGCACUCUAUGAGAGUCACUCCAACGACGGCCAAUUCUCGGGGGUCCCUGGGUGCCCCAGGGCACUUUGGUACACAAGCUCAGAGCCAGAUUCAAGGUACCUCUGAACUCAGCCCAUUCUCUGAUCCACGGCAGUUUGACCGGUCCUUCUCUGCUCUACCAGGCCUCACCGAAACCCGGUUUCCAGACCCCAGAAUGCAUUAUCCUGGUGCCAUGCCUGCGGCCUUCCCUUACACAGCGACACCAUCAGCCACAGGAAUUGGCGGCCUCAGUAUGACCAGCAUGCCAACGGCCACUCGGUUCCACCACACCUACCUUCCCCCACCAUACCCCAGCUCCACCCAAAACCAGAGUGGACCCUUCCAGACCAAUCCUUCCCCUUACCACUUGUACUAUGGUGCCUCCUCUGGGUCAUACCAGUUCUCCAUGGUGGCAGGGGGAGAGCGCUCUCCAACCCGGAUGCUGCCAUCUUGUCCUGCCACGGCAGGAAACAACUUGAUCAAUCCCAGUCUCGCCAGUCAGGCUGAUGGCGUGGAAGCAGACGGUAGCCAUAGUAACUCACCGACAACCAUGACAACCACUGGGAGGUUGGACGAAGCUGUCUGGAGGCCAUAUUGAAAACGCACUGAAGGCCCAAGCCCUGUUCUUCACAAAUUGGUGGUUCAAAGGAGAAAAGAACCAAAAAAGAGCUGCAACUGGCGAUCCUGUCCUCUCCACCCCCAAAGUGGCCUUGGCAUCCCCAAUGAGAUCGCUCUUGUCCAAAACCUAUGAUAAUAAGAAAUGAAACAAGCACAGGAAGGCUAGAGAGAGCAUGAAUUUGGAUACAUUUUACAACCAAUCUUUAUAGGCUCUCCUUGACCAAUGGUCUUCGGCAGCCUUUCCCCAACUUGGGACAUCCAGAUGGAUUGGGACUACUUGGAGUCGUUACCUGAAAACACCUUGGCAGCUGUCGGCCACGAAAGACUGUCUGUUGCGUCCAGAACAGGCAAAAGAAUGGGUAGAAACUCUACUUGGUUGUAGCAAAAUGGCCAAACACAAAAAGCUCUGGAUCAGCCUUUCCAACCUGGUGUCUCCCACAGAUAAUACCUUCCAGUAUCCCCAGCCAGCUUGGAGAUUAUGGGAAGUGUAAUCCAAGCACAUCCAGAGAGCACCUGGUUAGAGAAGGUUAUCCUUAGCAAUCAUCUCAAAGGCCAAGCAGUGUUUCAAAUGAAUGGAUGGGUGGAUGGAUGGACACAUGAUGGAUCAAAGGGUCUCAAUUAAUGGAGCUGAUGGCAGAGGUCUAUGAAUCCAGGUCAGGCUGGAGUUAGGAUCAGAAUGUUUCCCCAUUUUGCACUGCACACACUUUCUCCUCUCUAAGAGGACAUAAGAGCAAAAAGAUCAGGGCAGGAGACAAAGGUUUGGUGACAGAAUGGGAAUCCAACGGAUCCUAUCCAUAGAACAUGUGAAAAGAUUCUGCUAUUUCAGUCCCAUGAAAAAAAAAUAUACAACUGUGAUUUCCUUCCCUGGGAUUCACUUGGGUCAGAAUUCUCUUUCUGAAUUUCAGCUGAAGCAUUUGGGAUGUCCCACUUUUUCCCAUUAAGAGGUUGAGGUGGCUUUUUAAACCCUCAUUCUGAUAUCCCCAGGUAAAGAUGGCCAGGUGAGGUCAUCAGUGGUGGGUUGCAGGUGGUACGCCCCGAUACAGGCGUACAUGUGCCUGCCCGGAGCACCGGGCAC